AUGAACGCGUCAAAGAAAACUGGGCCCAGUCGGCGCAAGAAAAGUCGGCCUGUCAGCCCGGCGUAUAACCGAAAAUCACCGUUCCAAAGUGACGUUGUUUUGGUGGAGUCGUCGGAAAAUGACGAUGAAAGCGACCUAGUGGUAGUGGAAUCGGAUGGUGAGGAUGCUGGCGAAAGCGCGGCGGAAAACACGCCCGAGCCGCCCAGAAAACGCCAGAAAGUGGCUGGUCUGGGCAACGAAGUGACCCAGAACAACGAUUUCAUCGGCUUUGGCUUCUCGUCUUCGGAAGAGGAAAACAACGGCGAAAGCCUGGAUGGCGAAGACGAAGAAAAUGAAGGUCAUAGCGCCCACAGAAAUGUGCAGGGCGAUAAGAGCCUGGCGUUUCCGUGGGUCAAGGACCAGAACCACCUGAAACAAAAGGAAAUCGCCGACUGGCUCACGCUUGAAAUCAAGGACUUUGUCAACUACAUCUCGCCGUCGAAAAACGAGAUCAUGAUCCGAAACGAGGUGAUCUCCAGCUUGAAAUCACACAUAGCGAGCUUCUGGCCCGAGACCCAGGCCCACGUUUUCGGGUCGUGUGCCACCGACCUAUAUUUGCCGGGGUCAGAUAUUGACAUGGUGGUCAUUUCCACCACCGGCGACUACGAGCAGCGCCUGCGUUUGUACCAGCUCUCGUCGUAUUUGCGCACACACAAACUCGCCAAGAACAUCGAGGUCAUAGCCCUGGCCAAAGUGCCCAUCAUCAAGUUUGUGGACCCCAAGCACAACAUUCAUGUGGACGUUUCUUUUGAGCGCACAAACGGAAUUGACGCCGCCCGCCGGAUCCGGCGCUGGCUCGAGACCAAUCCGGGGCUCCGUGAGCUUGUGCUCAUAGUCAAGCAAUUUUUGAGAUCCCGUAUGCUUAACAACGUGCACGUGGGCGGCCUUGGCGGCUACGCCACCAUCAUCAUGGUGUACCAUUUCUUGAAAAUGCACCCCCGUGUAGCUUCCGGAAACUUGGCUGCACGGGAGAACUUGGGCACUUUGUUGAUCGAGUUUUUCGAGUUGUACGGGCGCAAUUUUUCCUACGAUAACCUCAUAAUUGCCCUUGAUCCCAAGAACGACUCCCCGAAGUACUUGCGCAAAUACCGGUACCCAGCCCUUAGCACGGGGCGCAGCCCUUUUACCAUCGUCAUUCAGGACCCAUCAGAUCCAGACAACAACAUCACGCGAUCGUCAUACAAUUUGCGGGACUUGAAGAAGGCGUUUGGUGGUGCGUUCCAGCUCCUCACGGCCAAGUGCUACGAGCUCAAUUCCACGUCGUAUAAGAACCGCCUUGGCCAGCUGAUCCUUGGAGAUAUCAUCACGUACAAAGGCAAAGACCGUGAUUUCAAUGACGACCGGGACAAAGUCGUGAAUUCUGCCCUCAUUAAUCAUGAAUCUUCAGACAGUGAGAGCGACGGCGCCGAGGGAAAUGACAAGUACUAUUUCUCCGACAUGACGGCCGAAAGUGAAGGCGACACUUACAUCUCAGCGGAAGAGAAAACAAAACAGACGUCGAAUCUGAAAACAACUACUAAAGCCGCCCAAGUCUUGGAGGCUGAUUCAGAAGAAGAAGAAGAAGAGAAGAACAAGUCAAAGGCAAACUUGGAGAAACAGGUCAAGAGAGAGUUUUGGAAGCUGAAGGGAUUGGAAGUGGAGUAG